AUGAGGACGGUCCUCCUCGGUCGUUUUUGUCUAAGACGCGGGAUCCCGCGCAUCCCGCGACAUCGUUUUACAUCAUGGCAACCUUUCAAGCACACCCUACGACGGGGUCCGGUGCUCGGCGGAGUCGUCAUGGCCGCUUUGACACCCGGCGCAUUCCUCAUGUUGGCCGAGGCAGAUCACCCUGAAAAGACAGGUGAGAUGCAGAUGCUUGAAGCCUCGCGCGAGGAGAUCCGAAAAAGUGUCUCCGAGGACGCUCAGGGCUUAUCGCGGCUCUGGCAAUCUCUCUCGGUUACAUUCUACUACUAUGUUUACGACCCAAUCGCUACUGGGCUACGGUUCAUUCACCUGUUCAUCAUCUUCAUGCCAGUCGUGGUAACAGUGCCUGCAAUCUGGCUCGGUAGGACCAUUGAAACCAAGAAUGGGGCUAAAUCAGGCACACUGUGGUGGUAUCGGUUCUUGGUGAACGCAAUGGAACGCGCCGGACCGGCUUUUAUCAAGCUUGGUCAAUGGGCCGCUUCACGAACCGAUAUAUUCCCCCCUGAAAUGUGCACCGUCAUGUCCUCACUUCAUUCCAAUGCUCCGGCCCAUUCUCUACGCGAUACCAAGCGGACCAUCCAAAAGGCAUUCAAUGGCCUUCCGUUUGAAGAGAUUUUUGAGGAAUUUGAAGAGGAACCCUUGGGCGUUGGUGCUAUUGCGCAGGUUUACAAAGCGAAGCUUAAACCAAGCCUAGCCACCACGAGCCAGGAACUGCUCCAGGAGCCAACCACCCUAGGAGAGAAGAUGCGCAAGAACGUUGACGUGCUUAUGAAGGACUCACCACAGCGGGUACCAUCAUCAUAUGUGGCGAUCAAAGUAUUGCAUCCUCGCGUCGAGAAGAUGAUUCAUCGUGACCUGCGGAUCAUGUGGUUCUUCGCUUCUUUGAUAAAUGCCAUCCCAACGAUGAAUUGGCUGUCCUUCCCGGAUGAGGUCCAGCAAUUUGGGGAGAUGAUGAAACUUCAAUUGGACAUGCGCAUUGAAGGCACAAAUCUUGUUAGGUUUCGGGAGAAAUUCAAGUCCCGGAGCACCGCUUGGUUCCCAUAUCCAUACCUCGACUACACAACCCGCGAGGUACUGGUCGAGGAAUUCGCACAGGGUAUCCCGCUAGCCACGUUCCUGGACAUCGGAGGAGGUGUUUACCAGCAUGAGAUUGCCAAUGAGGGCCUUGAUGCAUUUUUGCAUAUGCUUCUGAUCGACAACUUUGUCCAUGCAGAUCUACACCCGGGAAACAUUAUGGUUCGCUUUUACCAGCCUAGCGAGCUUGACUUAUCCCUUCGCAAGCAUUCGCGCGCUACCGAUGCUCCAACACGAGCGGAAGUAGAUGUGACCGAGUCUGUGCUUGCACGACUACGUCCCCAUAUUGGAAAUCAACAACAAUGGGAUUCUGCCCUGGCUCAGCUUAACAAGGAGGGAUAUCGCCCGCAGCUGAUUUUCAUUGAUACGGGUCUGGUCACCGAGUUGAAUGAGACUAACCGGCGGAAUUUCCUGGAUCUUUUCCGAGCUAUUGCGGAGUUUGAUGGUUAUAAAGCAGGUCAUCUUAUGGUUGAGCGAUGUCGUACACCUGAACAGGUCAUUGAUCCGGAGAUUUUCGCUUUGAAAAUGCAACACCUUGUGCUGAGCAUCAAAACACGCACGUUUGCCCUUGGGAAUAUCAAGAUUGGAGAUGUGCUGAGCGAGGUACUAACGAUGGUCCGCGGUCAUCACGUCCGAUUCGAAGGCGACUUUGUGAAUGUGGUGAUAUCUUGCCUCUUGCUCGAAGGCAUUGGGAGAAGCUUGAAUCCCGAUCUAGACUUAUUUAAGAGUGCCCUUCCUAUCCUCCGACAGCUUGGCUCUGGCGCCACCUUCUUGCAGACAGUUCGUUCAGGCGAUACCUCGAUGCUUCGUGUUUGGGUUGGUUUAGAGGCUCGUGGAUUGCUGCAGGCCAGCAUCGAGAGUGUCGAGCGUUGCGUCAAGUAUGACCAAUUGUCGCCGAACAUCUAG